AUGCUGAAAACGAUCGCAUCGCUCGUCGUCAAAGACAACGGCGAAUACUCGCGCAUUCACGUCUUCGCCUUCGUCCUCGUCGCCCUCCACGUCACCGCUCUCUUCGUCUGGAUUUUCUUGACUGCCCGACAGCGCCCGCCGAGCGCGCGCGAUCGCGUCGACCCGACGAAAGACGAGUGA